AUGUUUGGUGGAGGUUCAUCUUCGUCUGUUGGAAAGAGCGACAACGACACCUUCAAGCCCGAGAGCAAGCAGCCAUCUCCCGAACCCACCUCGAACUCGACCUCUUCUUCCGGUAUCGACGCCGCUUCUGCCGCGGCUUCCCAUUCCUCGAAAUCCUCCGAGCACGCCGCCAGUGGUGAGAAGCGCACUGGCAAUGGCGCCCUCCCCACUAGGCACGACACUGGCGGGUCGUCGGACAAGAAGCGAAGGAGCACCGGUGUGAGCGGCAAGGCUAGCAGCCUUCUUGCGAGUGCGAAAAACUCGUUGAACUUGAGCCAGACUAGCAGGAAUACCAAUUCUGAUUCCAGCUCUCACACCUCCGGUUCGAAGUUGCCCAAAGACGCAGCCUCGUCCGCUGCGAUAGCGAGCCAGCACAACAAUGCCGCUGGCGAAUCUCUCCCCGGUCCAAAGUCGACAUUUCGCGUGGGCGUCUGGGAAGAUCGAAACCGGAAAUGUCGCCGCACCAUGGAAGACACUCAUGCUUUCUUAUAUAACUUCGCCAGCGCCGCCCUGCCACCCGGCAAGGCCGACGCCGAUGAUGAUGGCGCGGAAACCGACAAUGGCUAUUUCGCCAUUUUUGACGGCCAUGCGGGUACUUUUGCUGCAGAUUGGUGCGGCAAGAAGCUUCAUUUGAUCCUCGAGGAGGUUGUCCGCAAGAACCCGACAGCACCCAUGCCGGAGCUUCUGGAUCAAACGUUUACUACUGUAGAUUCGCAGUUGGAAAAGCUGCCUCUUAAGAACAGUGGCUGUACCGCUGCCACCGCCGUUCUUCGCUGGGAGGAUCGACCUCAACCGCCUGCUUCCGCGUCGCUGGCUUCGAAGAGGUUAUCCCUCGCACCUGCGGCUAGCGAUGCCUCUAAGGCAGAGGACGCCAGUAACUCCAGGGCUGAUGGCGCUGCAACUGCCGACGUGAAUAACUUCAAGGCAAAAACUGGCCUGUCCCGCACCAGGGUUUUAUAUACCGCCAACGUCGGAGAUGCCCGCAUCAUUCUAUGUCGAUCGGGCAAAGCCCUUCGUCUCUCGUACGACCACAAAGGAAGCGAUGAGAACGAGGGUAGGCGCAUUACCAAUGCCGGAGGUCUGAUCCUAAAUAACAGAGUCAACGGUGUCCUCGCCGUUACCCGUGCGCUCGGCGAUACUUAUAUCAAGGACCUUGUCACUGGUCAUCCAUACACUACUGAGACCGUGAUACAACCUGACGCCGAUGAAUUCAUCAUUAUUGCCUGCGACGGGCUUUGGGACGUCUGCUCGGACCAAGAGGCCGUUGACCUUGUCCGCGAAAUCGAAAACCCCACCGAGGCCGCCAAGCUUCUGGUUGACCACGCUUUAAACCGAUUCAGCACGGACAACCUAUCGUGUAUGAUUAUUCGCCUCAAGAACGAGGGACAAGAAGGGCAGCAGAGUAAGGGCAAGGGUUCCGCCGCUAGUGGCCGCGACGAAGCCAGUGGCACCGUCUCCGACAGAGCCGGUGACACGGCCGAUGAUGCUACUCCGACGGCUAGCUUUAAGCCGACGACGUUAGAGAGCACUCUUGAAGAAGAGCCUAGCUCUAUAGAGGAGCUUGAAAACCAGGCUAAACGGACGGCUUAG